AUGCCAAAACAAGCGACAACGUCGAGAAACCCAUUGGUGCCGCCCCAACGCGCGGUUCCCCGGUCGACAGGGGCGGGAAGAUCUCUUGCGCAGCCCAUAGGGACUUUGCCUAGGAACGCGACCGGUGGUCUUGAACCGGCGUCGCAACGGCCAAUAAAUGUUCGAGAAGUACCUGGACGAACUUCCCACGCAUCCAGAACCUUGAAUCAAGACGACAGAGAAGCAAACUUCGAGAUCGUCCACGCUAAUUGUAAAAAGACCAUCGAGAACGCCGACGCACUCAACCGACAGCUUACAGCUCGGUUUAAUGAGAAACGACGUGAAAUCGCCAAUAAUGCGCAGCAGUUUACCAAGGAGAGAUCCGACAUGAUGAUCAAGAUUCAGCAGUACCACCUGGAGAUACAGAAGCAGUCGGGCGAGGUACAACGCUUGAAUGGAGAAGUUAUUAGGCUGGAGACACUUCUUGAGACGGCCAACUCGAAUGCCCGUAACUUGCUCUCGCGAAGUGACCUGCAACAGAUGCUGGAAGAUAUUCAUACUGCUGGCCAGUCAUUCAUGAGCCAUCUCGAAACCCGAAUGAACGAGAAUGAGACCAAGAUGGAUGAAAACGGAAAUGCGCAGAAUUUCACUCAGCUGCCGGGAAUAGAUGUGACGGGCGACUGGCUCGACACGGAAGCGUUCGAUGUGAUCAAUGACUCUGGGGCUUUUGCGGAGAUGCCAGCCACCAUGUUCCCCGCAUCUGACCAGGACAGCGUGCCAAACAUCUAA